AUGUCAUUUGGCAAAGGUUCCUCUGUUCUCAGAACAGCACUCUUCUGCCUUUUGUCAGGCUUCCUGGUUGAACUGACCGUGGCCUCCAUCACAAAUGGCAAGUGUAUAGAUCUGCAGGUGAAGGUGGAUCCUGAAAAUGUGAAUAAGGGAUCCAGAGUGACACUGACCUGUGACAGCGGCAGCUGCAGUCUGAGUAGCAACCCCACCUACAUCUGGUACAAGAACUCACAGCCUGUCACCAACAAACACACAGCUACUGAGAGCGUGUGUGCCUUGGAGGGCUCCUCAGUGGAGUUGCACAGCUACUACUCACACCCUGAUGGUCACACAGUUGACAAGACAUUCUGGUUCAUAGAUGGCAACUACAUAGAUCUGAAGGAAAAUGACCAUUACAAAGAUCGUGUGACGUAUACCCCAAAUACCAAUAACCACACUCUAAGCAUUAAAAACCUGAAAAGUGAUGACACCAGAGAGUAUAGAUUCAGGUUUAUAACCAAACAGCAAGGAGGGUGGAAUGGGAUCAAUGUCCAACUCACAGUCACAGGUCUUCAAAUGGUAGUAAAUCCUCCAACAGUAAAUGAGGGAUCCAGAGUGACACUGACCUGCAACACCACCUGCAGUCUGAGUAGCAACCCCACCUACAUCUGGUACAGGAACUCACAGCCUGUUACUAACAAAUACACAGCCACUGGCAACAUCCUGACUAUAAAUUCAGCUACACCUGGAGACGCAGGAAGAUACUCCUGUGUAGUUGAGGGAUAUGAGAACCUUGUUUCACCUGAAAACACUCUCACUGUUGAAUAUCCACCGAAGACAUCCUCUGUAUCAGUGUAUCCCCCUGGUGCAGUGUCAGAGGGCGACUCAGUGACUAUGAACUGCAGCAGUGAUGCCAACCCUCCUGCUGAGAACUACACCUGGUAUGUAAACAGACAUGGGUCCGUGUCCGUGUCUGGCCAAGGUCGGAUCUACAACAUCACUAACGUCACGGCUGAUGAUGGUGGAGCUUACUACUGCUCAUCAGAGAACAAGCAUGGAACCAUCAACUCCAGCAUGACACGUCUGGAUGUGCUCUACUCCCCCAGGCACAUCACCAUCAUUCACCCCAGUGACCUUCAGGACUCCACGACCUUGACCUGUAGCAGCGAUGCCAAUCCCCCUCCUCAUCAAUACACCUGGUACAGGCAGAUAGAUGACGAUGGCUCUACGGUUCUCCAGGAUUCUGGGAUGACGUUGACCCUCGAGGCUGGCCAGAGUGGCUUCUACAGCUGCGGGGCCUGGAACGUCCUUGGGUCUAGAAACUCCACCAGGGUGCUGGUGUUCGUGGCGGCUGUCUGUGACAACAGUGGGAACACGAACGUCCUGCAAAGCCUCUGCAGCCCACCUCCACCGGGAGAUUCCAGGCCUUCCAUCCGUUUUGCUGGCUCUCCAGGAUAA